CAGAGAUCCACAUGUGUUGGUCGUGCAGUGGGCUGGAGGGGGCUGAUGUUAGCAGGACAGGCCGCCGCCUCGCACAUCAUCAGUCUGAAGAGGAGUCGCGUCGAUCUCGGGGCCUUUACUUCCGUCGUUUAAUAUCCCGCUGGAUAAACACCGAGGGCCCGCUGCCGUCCGUGUGUUUGGGCGGUGCAGGGUGUAGUAACGCUACCCGCGAUUCCUCUGGACAAAUCAAUCCGAGCUCUGCUGGAGCUUUGGGAAACUUAUUGUGUUUUUUUGUUCUACGCACCACAGCCUGGAUCUCAGCUCAGCCCCUGAAACAAGCAGACGUCAGAGACCUCGCCUGCCUGCCGCCGCUUCUUAAUUUUAUCUAAUCGCAGCAUUGUUUGUGGGGAUUUCCACCGCUGCCACAUGCACUAUGUGGCGGGGUGAGUGGCACUCUGCCUGGUAGCUGUUCGACGUUUAUCGGCUUUUUAGUUUUAAACACCGUGCCUUGGCGGAAAGAAGAGGAUUUCGUUUUAUUUAAGGUCAAAGUGACAAUGAAUGAGCAGGACAGUGGGGUGGUGUCCUUCGAUGAGUAUGUGCGGCAGAAGGCCCGCACUGUUCCCCAGCACAGGAUGAAGGAGUUCCUGGACUGUCUUGCCAAAGGCCCUGAGGUGCUGCAGGAGUUCAACCAGCAGGAAGGUGCCGCCACCACCACAGCCAUGGUGUACCAGCAGCAGGACGCCAACUGCAUCUACACAGACAGCACAGAGGUGGCAGGGUCGCUCCUAGAGCUGGCUUGCCCGGUACAGGUGACUUCUGCAGAGAUUUCACCUCAGCUGUCUGUGCACCAGGGGUCUGAUCAGCAGCUCCAAGUGCAGGUUCAGAUCCAGGAACAGCAGGGCCAAACCAUCAGCCAGGUUCUUCAGGUGGCCUCGCCCUCUCCGCAGGACCUGCAGGGAAUCUCUACAGCUCAGUUCAUCCAGCAUGGAGAUCUCACAGAGGAGCAGCAACAGCAGAUUCAGGCACAGCUGGUUGCAGCUGUAAGCGGAGGACAACAAAUCCAGUUACAAGGAACACAACAUAUUCAGCUGCCAGGGGGGCAGCAAAUUCAGCUUCAGGCUGGUCAACAUAUUCAGUUACAAGGAGGCCAACAUAUACAAUUGCAAGGUGGACAACAAAUUCAGCUACAAGAUGGCCAACAGAUUCAGAUCCAGACCAUAGAGGCCAUGUCUCCUACCCAUCAACAGGACUCUCCUAGGGAGGCAGACAGGAGGUCUGGUUCUGCCUCCGCUGUUCUCCAACCUGCCAAGAAACGUAAGGUGGAUGUCCCUCUCGCUGUUUCCUAUGCUGUUCCACAGGGUCAGCAAGUGGCUACUGUUCUGGCCAUCCCUCAAGGGCAACAGCAAAGCUAUGUGUCGCUACGACCAGAUUUGCUCACUGUUGACAGUGCUCAGCUGUUCAGCACCACAGGGACAAUCACAGGUCCCACAGGUGAGACCUGGACCAUCCCUGUGUACUCUGCACCACAACAGCAGGGUGUAACUCACAUUACUUUACCACAGGAAACGUACAGCACAGUGCAAGUUACCACCACCAACGGUAAGGACAAAAUGUCCCCCAGUUCCCUCUCAAGGUCUACAGAUGUGCAGUUGGCCUCCGCUGGGACACAGGAAGAAAUAGUACAGACCCUGUUUCCAGCGCAGUUCAUGAACGGGAACAUUCACAACCUUGUGGCAGUGCAGGCUGUAGGAGGGACUUACAACACUACCCAGUCGGUACACAUAUGGGACCCAAAUCAACAACAGAGUCAAGGAGAAGAGGGGCAAGAACAGCAGCUCCAUCUGCAGGGUCAAGUACAGACGGAGGCUGAAGCUGAACCGCCCACUGAAAUUCUGGUUCCUGUCUGUCUUAAGCCAGAGGAGGGCCUGGAGGUCUGGCGCCUUUGGGCAAAACGAAAAAACAUAGAGUUAAGCAAGCAGGAAAAAACCCGGCUUGCGCCAAUAGGACGUCGUCAGCCGCUGCGUUUUCAAGAAGACUUGGUGUCCAGUGCUGUAGCCGAGCUAAACCUGGGUCUUUCCCUGAUGACGCAGGAGGCACGUGGAUCAGAAGAAGAAGAAUUUGCCCCUGACGUUCUGUAUUAUGUAUUCUUGUGUAUACAAAAGUAUCUUUCGGACAAUGGACGUGUGGAUGAUAUUUUCUCUGAUCCAUAUUACACACGUUUCUGUGGGUCUUUACACAACAUCCUUGAUGGUUGGAAACCAAGUGUCCACCCAUUAGGUUACAUCAUUCCAAGUCAUGUAACAGAGGAGAUGCUGUGGGAGUGUAAACAGCUCGGUGCACAUUCACCAGCCACACUCCUCACUACCCUAAUGUACUUCAAUACAAAGUAUUUCUGCCUGAUGACGCCUGAACAGCACAUGAAAGUAGCUUUCUCUAAGGUCCUCAGACACACGAGGAAGAACCCCACUAAUGCCAAGGACAAAGCAACCAGCAUCCGCCUUCUCAAAGGACAAGGUCCACACAGUGCCGGACAGAAAGGAACUGACGACAUGUACGAAGAACAGAUUGAAGAUCCGGAUAAUCCACUUCGCUGUCCCAUUAAACUUUAUGACUUUUACCUCUUCAAAUGUCCUCAGAGCAUUAAAGGACGCAAUGAUGCGUACUACAUGACUCCAGAACCUGUCGUUGCACCCAACAGCCCAAUGUGGUACUCAUCGCAGCCACUCACAAAUCAGCAAGUGGAACACAUACUGGCUCGUAUCAUCGUGGUCCGAGAGAUCCAGGAGAUUAUUGGUGCAGAGAACCUGGGCUAAACUGAGCGGACUGACUGGACUGAUGGGGACUCGUUCCACAGUCACUGAUUGUUGACUAUGCAGUAGCUGUCCUGACUAUAAACUUCACUGACCAUCUCAAAUAAAAUGGAUCAACUUCUGAAACAAUCAUUUUUCUUCUGAGGAGUGUACACUCGAGAAUUUCUCUCCUUACGUUUUCUGCUUUCAGCUGAUUGGGUGGACUGCUCUUUCUCUUGAUCACCAAUGUAAGCCACGGCUUUAUUCUCACCGCUGCGGGAACACUGAUCAGUUUGUUGGAUUGCUGCUGUCUCAGCUGAGCAGGGGUGUUAAUUUUUCCUGUAAAAGUCAAAUCUUCUGAAUAUAUGAAGAUAUUUCUCCCUCCACUUCUUAACCUCACAGACAGUUAAUGUCUUACUUCUCAAUGUCCCACUAUGAUACAUUACAUCUUAAAGGACAGUUACAGGGGCCACUGCUCAUGGUUGCUUUUUUUUUUUCUAUACUGAUUGCAUAUUGAAUCUUGUAUUGAUGUUAAAAACUGAAAAACUUGUGCCUGUUUUUUCUUUAAAAAAACAAAGAAGUAAUUUGUGCUUGUGGAUAAUACAAGCGGACCCUCAGAAAUCCACAUGGUCAAGUGCUGUAGUGCAGUCAUGUGAGCGGAAACAUUUUUCUCAGGUCAAAGCUAUCCAUUAAAGAACACCCGUCAAGAAUUGUUUUUGCCAACUUACUCCUGUAUGUAUGUGUGUAUAGUAGGUUAUUAAACAGGAUAUGCAGGUGGAAACAUCUUUGUUUAGCUCAUGCACUAUUAAUCCUUGGAUGAAGAGUCAUGUCAUGCAGUCUGACAAUGAAAAGAAUCUGGCACUCACUAGUCUGGACAUGCAACUGAUGUUUGAAACAAGGAUUCGCAAUGGGCCUUUUAAAAAUGACAUAGCAUUCUCGUGAUACCUCCAAGGAAAUGACACG